AUGCGACGUCACGGAUGCCAACUGCCGGGAAAGCUCAAAGAAGAAGAAGAAGAAGAAGAAGAAAAGUUUCGGGAAGAGCAGGAGGGAGGGGACUCCGCCGGAGUGAAAUGUAGUAAUCCGACAGCGAGCAUGACAGACGCCGAGGCGCAGAGCGCUCCACCAUCGGCACCUGUGGAAGACAAACCACAGCCGGAGAGGAAGGUCAUAGCCACUUUGGUUCAAGGCACAGUGAAGUGGUUCAAUGUGCGUAACGGAUAUGGCUUCAUUAACAGGAAUGAUACCAAAGAAGAUGUGUUUGUUCAUCAGACUGCUAUCAAGAAGAACAAUCCUAGGAAAUUCCUCCGCAGUGUUGGAGAUGGAGAGGUCGUAGAGUUUGAUGUGAUUGAAGCCACCAAGGGCUCAGAAGCAGCCAAUGUAACUGGUCCGGGUGGCGUUCCAGUCAAAGGCAGCCGCUACGCACCCAACAAACGCCGCUUCCGCCGACGGUUCUUCCCCCGCAGCCCGAGGUCUGGUGAUGAGGGCAAACCGGGUGAUGGCCAGUCCUCUGCUGUUGAGGGCGAGGGAUCAGGAGAGAACGGAGGAGGGCGUCCUCAGCAGCGCCGCCGGAGACCCCGCAGACCGCGGCAGGAGGCACAAGACGGUGAGGCUGAAGAGCAGAAGAACGGAGUGGCAGAGGGCGGACAAACACAGCGACCGCAGCGAAGAUUCUGGCGCCCAUACCGCAGACCGUUCCGACCUCGGCCACCUCCUGAUGAAGCCGCUGCAGGCACCGAGCAGGAGGCUCCAGAGGAGAGCCAGGUGCAAGGCGAGGUGAAGCAGCAAGAGGCCUCUGAGGGCCCCCAGACCAAUGGGGAAGCAGCUGAGGGCCAGAAACAACGGCGCCAGUCUAGACGACGCAGGCAAAGGAACUCUGAGUCCUCUACCUCGAAAAACGAUACAGAGAAGUCUGCGUCAGAGCCCGGUACCCCCCCUCAGACCUCAAAACCAGCUGACCUUAGCAAAUCCGCCUCUAAAUCACCAAAGGCAUCCUCCAAAACUCCUAAAACGUCAAAAUCGCCCGAGCAGGAAGCUGCCACAACAGUCCCAGCACCAACAGAGUGACGCUCGUGAGGGGACAGUCUCAUGACCCUUGGUCCUAGGGUUGGAGGACUGGAUCUAUUUCAGAACACAUGCACUGCUCUCCCCUCCCUGCACUCCCCCCAUCCUCCAACCCACCCGUCUCGCUGUCAUCCCUCAGGCCCCCCCUCCCCUCUCAUCUUGUCUUGUGUUGUCCUGUCUAGACACUGACGUUUUGGAGAGGGUGAGGUAGAGAAGAAGGGGAUGCAUGUGGGUGGUUUGUGCAUAUUUAGAAAUUGAAAGUACAUCUUUAAGAAGAAAAUGGGAAUGAAUGGACAGUCUGCUUGGUAGCCCAGUUAUUCCAACCCCCCUUAAAAACUAUUUUCUUUAAUUGCCUAGAUGGGAAACAUCACAUAGUUUAGAGGAACUGGCCUUGAUUUUUAUUUCACUUUUUCUUAAAAUUUGGUUGAAGAGGGGAAAACCAAGCAGGUGUGUGAGGUUGGUGGUGCAUUAUGGGAGUCAGUUUAGUUCUGUUACCACCUCAGUCGAUUCUUAUAAUCUACAACUCCCUUCAUCUCCUCAAUUGAGGAUAGAUUGAUGAAAAGAUUUUUUUUUUUUUUUGUUUUACUUAUUUGCGUGUGCUUUUCUUAGGAGGGGAUUAUGUGCAAUGUCAGUAGUUAAAAUGCUAAUUAAUAAAUCAUGUUUGCAAAUCUCAGGAUACAGUCUUUAUUUUUUUUGUCUGUUUGUUGUAGAAAUUGAAUUAAUACUAAACCCAAUUUUAAAGUACUAGUUACAGAUCCCUUCACAGGUGUUUCAGCAACAUUAUUUACAGUACUUGGCAUCCUUUAGUCAAAACAUGACCACAGCAUCAUAAUUCACUCUAUACAAAUUACGGGUCCCCUCUGAACAACCUCGAUACAAAUCUUCAGAAGGUAGCGAUACACACCAUUAAAGAAUAUACAGCAAACGGCACACAUGACAGAGGAGAAAUACACAAACGUGACGCUUGUGUGAUUAAAAAAUAUAUAUAUAGAUCUCUUUAAAGGCAGCCCCUUUGAUUGCACGUCUUGUUCUAGUCUAGUAUAUCAGGCUUCUCUUUACAGAACCAAACUGGAGUGCAUAAAGAAUUGCAACUUUUAGACCCUCAUACCUUAAUAUCAACAACCAAAUGACACUAUAUGUACACAUGAAGUACUAAAAUAUUUUGUUUCUUUUUAAAGUAGCAUUUCUGAAGCUUGUGCAAUGAGUUUCUCAUGAUCAGAAAUACAGGUUGUGAUGGCAUGUAGCCUUAGCUUAAGCUGGGAACACGCUACAAGAUUGAAAGACCUGUUUGGCAAUGACGACUUUGGGGCUGUCUGGGUAAAUUACACCAUGGUCAGUUGGCACAUUGAUUUUGGGGCUGGGCGUUGUUUAAAGAUGUUUAUACAAUGAGCCAUUGCCAGAGUUUUGACACUGGUACCAAAAUGAAAUUAAACAUCCCAAAUGUUGAGGGG